AACUGCCGUCCGCUCAUGUCAAACAGUUUGAUGCGUAACGGCGUCGCGUUGGCCAGACGUGCAGCGAAAACCGGCGUCCUCCCCACGGUACCGUUACACGGACAGCAGAAGAGCGGUUUCCGCGCGAACCGCCCCCUACCCCUCCCACUAGCUCGCACACGAAACGGUUCUCGUUGCGUUCAUUCGGUUGUUGUGUCAGUGGGGCGCAGCGGCUUCGAUUUUCGCCGCAGCAGUGAUUUUAGUUGUAGUGCCAGCAACAGAUUUUCGUCAUCGUGUGCCGCACAGACCGCGGGAAAUAAAAUGCCUGAGGGAAAGCCGUUCGAGAGACUGCCGAAGAGCGUCAGGCCGAUCCACUAUCGUCUGGAGCUGGUGCCCGAUCUGAAGCUGCUCACGUUCCGUGGUGUGGUCUCCAUACGGAUUGAGGUUGUGCAAGCCACCGACCAAAUAGUACUGAACGCGCUAGACCUACAACUAGACUCCGUGACGGUGAAGGGCGACAAGGAGCUGAAGCCGGAGGUGCAACUAUGUGCCGAAGAGGAGGUCGCCAGAUUCAAAUUCAACACCACCCUUCAACCUGCCGAAUACGACCUCGACAUUAUCUUCAAGGGGGAGAUCAACGAUAAAAUGAAGGGUUUGUACAGAAGCAAGUAUGUGAACGAAAAGGGCGAGGAGACUUACGCUGCUGUGACGCAGUUCGAGUCCACGGAUGCUCGUAGGUGCUUCCCCUGUUGGGAUGAGCCCGCCCUCAAGGCCACUUUCGACAUCAGUCUCACUGUGCCAAAAGAUUUGGUUGCCCUGUCCAAUAUGCCCGUCAAGAACUCCACACCGGAAGGAGAUUUAAUCAGAUACGAUUUUCAAAAAACCCCCAUCAUGUCCACGUACCUGGUGGCUGCUGUUAUCGGGGAGUACGACUACGUGGAGGACAAAUCGUCAGAUGGAGUUUUGGUUAGGGUGUACACGCCCAAAGGCAAGAAGGAGCAGGGUUUGUUCGCCCUGGAAGUGGCGACCGAAGUGUUGCCCUACUACAAGGACUACUUUAACAUCGCCUAUCCGCUCCCCAAAAUCGAUUUGAUCGCCAUCGCCGACUUCAGUGCCGGCGCCAUGGAGAACUGGGGACUCGUCACCUACAGGGAAACUUGCCUGUUGGUCGACCCACAGAACACCUCGGCGGUGAGCAAGCAAUGGAUCGCUCUGGUCGUAGGCCACGAGCUGGCCCAUCAGUGGUUCGGCAAUCUGGUUACCAUGGAAUGGUGGACCCAUCUCUGGCUGAACGAAGGCUACGCCUCGUUCGUCGAGUUUUUGUGCGUGAACUAUCUGUUUCCCGAGUACGACAUCUGGACCCAGUUCGUCAACGAUUCGUAUAUCAAAGCUCUGGAGCUGGAUAGUUUGAAGAACUCGCACCCCAUUGAGGUGCCGGUGAACAAUCCGUCCGAAAUCGACGAGAUCUUUGAUGACAUCAGCUACAACAAGGGUGCAUCGGUGAUCCGGAUGUUGCACCACUACAUCGGCGACGCCGAUUUCCGCAAGGGCAUGCAUUUGUACCUGACUAGGCACCAGUACAAGAACACCUUCACUGAAGACUUGUGGGCUGCUUUGGAAGAAGCCAGCAACAAACCGGUGGGCGAUGUCAUGUCCACCUGGACCAAACAGAUGGGUUUCCCCGUUGUAACUGUGGAACAAAAGAGCUGCGCCGAAGGAGGCGUUACCCUUUCGUUGUCGCAAAGCAAAUUCAUCGCUGACGGUUCCAAGCCCACUGAGGAGUAUCUGUGGAUGAUCCCCAUUUCCAUUUCGACCUCCAAGAAUCCGGGUAAGGAGGCCAUCAGCACCGUGCUCAGCACCAAGCAGGCUGAUGUGCAUAUAGCGGACGUUGGACCAAACGACUGGAUUAAAAUCAAUCCAGGAACCAUAGGCUUCUACAGGACCCAAUAUCCUCCUGAAAUGCUGGAGAAGUUGAUCCCCGCCAUUCGCAACAAAUCUUUGCCACCUUUGGAUAGAUUGGGUUUGCUAGAUGACUUGUUUGCGAUGGUAAAGGCUGGGCAUACCAGCACAGUCGAAGUGCUCAAGAUGCUUAGGGCGUACGAAGACGAAACUGAUUACAACGUCUGGUCCUCCAUCUCUAACAUCUUGGGCAAACUGGGACAACUCAUGAGCCACACCGAGUUCGAGGAUGCUUACAAUCAGUACCAAAAAAAUCUGCUGGACAAAGUAUACGUCCGCCUUGGUUGGAAUUUAAAAUCUGGCGAGACUCACCUGGACACCCUACUACGCGGCUUGGUGCUGGGUCGUUUGGCCUGGCUCGACCACGAGCACUCGACCAAAGAGGCGCGUGAACGCUUCGAAGCCCACGUCAAGAACGAGAGCAACCUGCCGGCCGACCUGAGGAGCGCUUGCUACAAAACGGUGUUGCGUGCCGGCGGCAAAGAGGAGUUUGACACGUUGCUGAAGCUGUACAGAUCCACCGAUCUGCACGAGGAGAAGGACAGGAUCAGCAGGGCGCUGGGCGCCGCCAAAGAUGUGGAGUUGCUGCUCAAAGUCCUCGAGUUCGCCAUGUCGGCUGAGGUUCGUUCUCAAGACACGGUCUUCGUAAUCAUUUCCGUGGCAUUGACCCGUUUGGGCCGUGAAUUAGCCUGGCAGUUCUUCAAGGACAAUUGGUCGAAGAUCGUGGAAAGAUUCAGCGGAUACCUGCUCACCAGACUGGUGAAAUACCUGACUGAAAGUUUCGCCAGCGAGGAAAAGUCCCGUGAAGUCGAGGAGUUCUUCAAGGAACACAAGUCGCCUGGCACCGAAAGAACCGUGCAACAAGCCAUCGAGACCAUACAGUUGAACACGGCGUGGCUCAAGAGGGACUCCGAGGCCAUACGCAAAUACCUCACCUCGUAAUUGUACUUACAUGUACUUAAUUCUUUAUAUUUUGUAUACUUAAAAGUUUUUUAACGGUAAAUCAUGCCAGUGACUGUACCUAGUUUAUUAAUUUUAGAAUUUUUGUAAUUGUUUACGAUUAAUUAUAUAUAAAAGUAUUUGUUUCAUAUUCAGUUGUAAAAAUAUAUUGUUGAAAAAAUAAA